UUUGUUAAGCUAGAAAAAGAUUCCCUACAAGAUGGCUGACGGUACAGUGGCAGAAGACAGUACUCUAAGAACAGGGCGAGGUGGUGAAGAGAUGCGGACCAGCUCUCCCAGGCUAUCAAGGAAGGCAAGGGAAGAUGCCGUGGCUGUGAAUGAAUGAGCCUAGUGGGGGGGACCCUGAUAAUUAUCUCCUUAACUCAUCGUGGAUGUUUUGGCAUGACGCUACACGAAGAGGAGCAACUGCCAAAGAUUUCUUUGAGAAUCUCAAACCUUUGUGUACAGUCAAGACCAUCAAGGCAUUUUGGGGUGUGGUCAACAAUAUUCGUCCCAUAGAGCAGUUGGGCGAGAGAGAGAGCUACCAUCUUAUGAGGAAUGAGAAUAGGAGACCUAUUUGGGAGGACUCUGAUAAUGCUCAUGGUGGAUUGUGGUCAUUCAAAGUCAGAAAGAUGCACACAGUGUGAGUGUGUGGUGCACUUUGACCCCUGCUAGCCGGUGCUGGUGGGGCCGGGGGAGGGGAGAAUGAGGUACAUAAGAUUUCCAAUAUAGAAGCAUCACUGGCAAAGAGAAUUCUCAAGUCACAUGACCUCUCUCUGGGCUGGAGGUAGUUUCAGACUACACCCAUUUCCUGUUUUGAGGAGUACAACAGUGAUGACUAAGAGGUACAGAUUAUCAAGUAGCGUGUCCAAGGAGGACAGUAAGAGAGUCGUCGCCUUCCUCAACCACCCAGGACUACAUCUCAUUCAGCAGGGGUCAAGUACAUGUACCUGUGCGGAAGGCGCCCCCUGAACCAUCCACUACCCCUAAACGAUCCUCCAAUCGUCCCCCUGUACCCCCAGAUCCUGCUGCUAAGAAGAGGUCACGAGGGUCAAA